CGAACAAGGUCCAUUUCUCCUCUUUGCUAGAGUGAGGUUUCUGUGAAGGCUUGGAGAGAGAAGAAAUCUUUGAACAAACCCUAGAAGAGCUAAUCUCACUUCGAUUAUCCCGUAAUCAUGUCGAGGAGGAAAGUUAGAGAGCCAAAAGAAGAAACUGUUACCCUUGGACCCAGUGUAAGAGAUGGGGAGCAUGUUUUUGGUGUUGCACACAUUUUUGCAUCUUUCAAUGAUACAUUCAUUCAUGUCACAGAUUUGUCUGGAAGGGAAACCCUUGUACGUAUUACUGGUGGAAUGAAGGUCAAAGCUGAUAGGGAUGAAUCUUCACCAUAUGCAGCUAUGCUUGCAGCUCAGGAUGUUGCAGCCCGAUGCAAGGAACUUGGAGUUACUGCGCUUCACAUCAAGCUUCGUGCAACUGGUGGGAACAAAACAAAGACACCAGGUCCAGGUGCCCAAUCUGCCCUUAGGGCCCUUGCUCGGUCAGGAAUGAGGGUUGGUCGCAUUGAGGAUGUUACCCCCAUUCCUACUGACAGCACCCGUAGAAAGGGUGGUAGAAGAGGAAGGAGGCUGUAAGUUAUGUCCAUGGUGGUGGUUGUGGAGGCCAAAGCUGCAAUGGCUCGUCCUGUUGGAGUCUGGGCUUUCCCUUUUUUACUUUUGGAAGAACAGUUUUGUAGCUUUGAUAAAUGAUUGACAUGGAACCUUUUUCAAGCGUGAAAGACAGAAAUGUAGUGAUUAGCUUACAGGGCUGCUCUUUGUUUGGAUAAACUAGGUUUUAUUGAAUUUUACUUUUUAUGUCUUUAAUAUGAAGGUUUUAUAAGAAUGAAACUGCCGUCUUUUUGAGUUUU